UUGGAAUUUCCUAGUGCUUCCUCCAAGUUCAGUUCCUGCUCCUAACUGCCAUCAGACUCGCCACCCAAAACGCACCAACCAGAACAAUCACCCCUCACCAACAUCUCUUUCUUGUUUCCUCUCCUAUUUAUUUAUUUAUUUAGGAAUCCAAAAAAAAAGGUUAUCUUGGCUUGUUUUACACUAUCCUCACUCCAACCAAAUACUAGGGGCAAUAUAUAUAUCAAACCAAACUAAGCUAACAACCGCUGCUAGUGCUAGCUGCAGCUCUCCGUAGCUAUUAAAUACUAUAAAUAACGGAGAAUCCAAAGCCUAAUCCUUGGAUAAAAAUUCUAGCUAAACCGAGGAAUAAAGAGCGAUAAGCCCGGUGUCUGUCAACACUCCAGAAGAGCCGCAGCGCAAAGGAGACUCCUUUGUGGCGUGCGCGACCAGCAUGAAGCCACGUCCACCGGCGGGGGCGUCGUCCGCUUCCGCCGCGCCGCCCAGGCUGCGGCCGCACCUGGCGCGGCUCGCCUCCUUCCUGAUCGUCUUCGCCGUGGGCUACUCGCUGGGCCUCCUGUCGUCGUCCACCCGGCCGCCGCCACCGAGACCGUCCCAGUCCCAGUCCCAGUCCCAGGCGACGACGAUCGCGCGGCCGCACGCCGACGCUUUAUUCCCGGCGUCGUCGAACUCGAACGGGACCGCCGCGUCGAGCUACCCGCGGUCGCCUCCGCACGACCUGUUCCGGUUCAGGGAGCGGUGCGGGGAGCCGGUGCCGAGCGACGCCGUGGUGCGGACGCUGCUCGACAGGCUCUUCGGCGGCGAGAGCCCCUACGCGGGGUUCCCGCCCGAGCGCACGGCGGCGCUGCUGCGCCCGGCCGCGGCGCGCCCGCGCGGGUGGGGGUCGACGGGGGCGGUGUUCGCGGAGCUCAUGGAGGCGGUGCGCCCGGCGGUGGUCGUGGAGCUGGGCGCGUUCCUGGGCGCGUCGGCGCUGCACAUGGCGGCCGUGGCCAGGAACCUGUCCCUGUCCCCGGCCAUCCUCUGCGUCGACGACUUCCGCGGCUGGCCGGCGUUCCGGGACCGCUUCCGCCGCGACGUGCCGCCGCCGCGGCACGGCGACGCGCUGCUGCUGCCGCAGUUCAUGGCCAACGUCGUGGCGGCGGAGGGGGCGCGCGUCGUCCUGCCGCUGCCCUUCUCCACGGCGUCCGCGCUCGCCGCGCUCUGCGAGUGGGGCGUCUACGCCGACCUCAUCGAGGUGGACGCCGGCCACGACUUCCACUCGGCGUGGGCCGACAUCAACCUGGCCUGGGCCGUGCUCCGCCCCGGCGGCGUCAUGUUCGGCCACGACUACUUCACGUCCGCCGACGACCGCGGCGUGCGCCGCGCCGUCACGCUCUUCGCCAAGGUCAAGGGGCUCACCGUCCGCCCGCACGGCCAGCACUGGGUGCUCUCCCCGAAGCCGCGAGGGCGCGCCGACGACGCCCGGCGACGGUGAGGGCUCGUUGCUGUCGGCUGUCGCCGUCGCCGCGGGGCCGUGCACUCGAUCGCCCGGCACCGAACCUGACGUGUCCCGUACUCCCGUUGCACCAGCGGCCGUAGCACGCACCCACCCGCCUCGAUCGAAAGCUGAUCGACGAAAAAGGUUGCGCCGCCCCCGCCACUGUUCUCUGAAGCGCUCGUCUCAACCACCAUUUGCUUUUGCUGUAACACUCUUCUCUAACUACGCCGGGAUCAUACAAGAACGAUACAAUAUUGUAUUCCAAUACGAGACGUUUACGUGUAGAUAUAUAUAUGGACGUUCGGACACGGCAAUUUCCAGUGUUUUCUGGAGCAAGUAGGUUAAAAAGCUGGUUAGAUGGGAUGCUGUUGUUCAAUGUUGAUGGUUUCUUUCUUCU